GUGUUAUUGCAUAAACCCUAGUUCUCGAGCGCCGAACCGGAACUCGUUGUCUCUCGUGAUGGGAAAGCGAGGAAGGCGGGACUUCGGCCGUUCCCCUGCCGCGAUCCUCCGUCGACGCAUCGCUUCCGUCGGCGUCAACGCCGAAGAAGGGGUAGAUAUUGACUCUGUCGUCGCCAACCUCCGCUCUGCCUAUCCUGAUUACGCCCGUCUCAAAUUCCAAACGUUUACCCGCAAUGUACAGAGAACCCUAGAAUCUCUCGGCCGCAAGAGCUCCGCCUCCGCCGCACAUGAAGAUAGCGAUGAAGACAUGGACGAUACCGGAAUUGAUCCUGCGAGUCCCGGUAUUUCUCGCAGGACACCCGGACGUUGUGACCCGGCCGAGAGCCGGCUUCUUCGCGCUGAGUCUGAGCACCUCCGCCGUCGGAUGGCUGUGAAGCCAGAUUUGGUUGAUGAAAAUCAUAGCGAAUACUCCUCCGACGAUUCUGUCUUCGACGCCAAGGUAGAGCCGAAGUUUGAUCUGAUGAAGUCCAUGCUUCGGGAUGGCUAUGGAAAAAAAUCCAACUCAUCAAAAAAAGAUGAUCUCAAGUCGUCAAACAAGGAAGAACUGGCUUUGGAAGUGGAGAUGGAGAAGCCGACGAAGACGACGAAGGUGCAGAAUGCUAUUGACGGAAGUGAUCCAGGGAGUGGGGCUGAGAUCUCUAUUGAGAAGGAGAAUAGUGGCAGUGGAAUAACGGAUGCUGUGAUGGAACAAAGGCCACUAUUUUGUGAUCUUGGUGGUAUGAGGGAUGUCAUUGAGAUUUUGAAAAGAGAUGUGUUAUUUCCUCUGCUUCAUCCAAAGCUGGUACAAAAGCUGGGAAUUUCACGAAUGACUGGAAUUCUCUUACACGGACCACCUGGUUGUGGGAAGUCAAAACUUGCACAAGCCAUAGCUAAUGAGACAAAAUUGCCAUUCUACAAGAUCGAUGCAACUGAAAUUGUAUCUGGAGUCUCUGGUGCCUCUGAGGAGAAUAUACGAGAUCUUUUCCGCAAGGCAUAUCGAACUGCUCCCUCAAUAAUUCUCAUUGAAGAGAUAGAUGCCAUUGCCUCUAAGAGGGACAACCAACAGAAGGGGAUGGAGCGUCGGAUAGUAAUUCAGCUAAUGGCUUGUAUGGAUCAGUCACAAAAAUCAGAAACAUUUGAUGGGAAGUCUGAUUAUGUUAUUGUUAUUGGCACUACUAAUAAUCCUGAUGUUCUAGACUCUGCAUUGAGAAGAUGUGGACGAUUUGAUCGUGAGAUUGCUUUGGGUGUCCCUGAUGAAAACGCAAGGCUUGAAAUUUUGUUAGUUCUCACUCGUAAUCUAAAUCUUGAAGGCCAAUUCAAUCUCUCUGAAAUAGCUCGAUCCACACCAGGUUUUGUAGGGUCUGAUCUGGCUUCAUUAGCUAAUCAAGCAGGUAACAUAGCAAUGAUGCGUAUGGCAGAGAGAAAAAAGUUUCAACUUUUAUUAAAGGAUAAAAGCAGAGAUAAUUGGUGGAAAGAACCUCUCGAUGAUGAAGAAAUUGAGAGUGGCAGGAUUACAAUGUCAGACUUUAAGGAAGCAUUGAAGUUGGUUCAACCUUCUUCCAUGAGAGAAGGAUUUUCCCCAAUACCCAACAUUACAUGGGACGAUGUUGGUGGCCUUACUUCAUUAAAAAACAAAUUUGAGGAUUUUAUAAUUAAACGUAUAAAAUACCCUGCGGUUUAUGAGGAAUUUGGAGUUAAUUUGGAGGAUGGAAUUUUAUUGUAUGGGCCUCCAGGUUGUGGUAAAACAUUAGUUGCCAAGGCUGUAGCAAAUGCAGCAGGAGCCAAUUUUAUUCACAUACAGGGUCCUCAAUUGCUUAACAAAUAUGUUGGUGAAAGUGAGUUGGCAAUAAGAACAUUAUUUCGUCGUGCUCGGAUGUGUUCUCCCUGUAUAGUUUUCUUUGAUGAGGUGGAUGCUUUGGCAUGCAAGCGUGGGGGAGAGGGUGCAUGGGUUGUCGAACGACAAUUAAUCCAGCUACUUGUUGAGCUAGAUGGCGCUGAAGAACGAAAAGGUGUAUUUGUCAUUGCAGCGACAAACAGACCUGAUGUUGUGGAUCCUGCUCUACUAAGACCAGGAAGGUUAGGUAAUGUCAUAUAUGUUCCAUUGCCCAAUUCCGACGAACGACUACUAAUACUGAAGGCACUUGCUCGAAAGAAGCCUAUUUUAGAAGAUGUAGAUUUGGUUGCUCUUGCAGAACAAUGUUUAAAUUUCAAUGGUGCUGAUCUAGCUUCUUUGAUGAAUGGAGCUGCCUCGGCUGCCACUGGAGAGAAGCUGGAUUGCAUAGACCGGGGUAUUAAUAUUACAAAACCCGCCAUGAUCAAGAUGUCACACUUUGAGCACGUGCUACAGACAAUCAAGCCAUCUGUCUCUAUGCAGGAAAGGAUAUAUUAUGAGCAGUUAUCGAAAAACUUCAAAGUUAACUGACGACCCUCGUCCAAUCAAUUCAUAAAGAGGUAUAGCUUCUUCACUAUAAAGAUGAAAAAGAAUAUUUCUAUGGAACUUGGAGUGAUAUACUGAUGUUGCAUAUCGGCUAUCUAUGUUUUGAUUACUAUCGAAAGGAUAAUUAUUAGUUUGAAAAGGGAAAAUUAUUCCUUUUCGUCUGGGAAAUUUGUCGGAAAGCUGUAGUCACAUUUAUCACCAGUUAUGAAUUUUAAGAAUAAGUGGGCAUUGCUUCA